CUCGUCGUGGAGCAGACAGCCUCUCCAAUGGGCUAGUCAGCUCUCUCUCUGCGUGUCUCUCUCUCUAUCCUAGUAAAUAUUACGAGUCACACAAUCCCUUCGCGAAAACCAAUAGAGAGAGCAAGGGAAUUCUAAUCACGCGUGAAAAAAAAAUAAAUAAAAAAAUCUCUUCGCACAAGUACGAACAACUUUUGACUACAUUUUUGAGUCAGUCAGUCAUCAGUUGUGUGCCGCUUUACAAAAGUCGACAAAGUCACCGUCAUGCGCGCUCGGAUUUACUCGGGUUAACGGGUCGUGAUCCUACGGUACGUGUCCCGGCUGGGUACUCAAGCCAGUGCCCUUCUCUUCGCACAUAUAUAUCGUGUGCAACCGUACACGCAAUUUUCCUACACACAUUCGUCGUGCUGAGAGAACUUUCUUCGUGUGUCGAUCAAGGAAACUUUUUUCAAAGAAAAAAAAAAUAAUUUUUUUUCUCAAAACAAUAAAAAAAAAAGAAAAAAAAAAACAUUUCUCAAAAGAAGAAACAAAAAAUUCAAUUUUUGUCAAUUUUCUCGAAGUGCACACUCUUUUUUUUCAUUGCUUAUUUUGGUGAUGAAAAUAAUAGUAUAGUGAAACUCAUUGCGGUGAAUUUUUUGACCUCGCUCGGGGUUAUAAAAAUAACAGCGUUAACGUGAGACCGAAUAAAGAAUAGUGAGAAGUGUGGUGCAAAAUGUUGAGGAAACUCAGUGGAACCAUCAAGAACACCAAGCGAGAAGAUUGCUUGUCCUGCAUAUCCUCAACGACAUAGUCCAGUGGCAAGCGCCGUCAAAAAAUUGAAAAAAAAUUUUUACGGACAAAGAGAAGAAAAAUAAAUUCAAAAAAAAAAAAAAAAAAAAAAAAAUUUAAUAAAUUGUCAACAAAAAUUUGAAAAAAGAUUUUUGUAUUCUUAAUUGCUUUAGUAUAAAAAAAAAAAAGAAGAAGUAGAACGUCCUUGAAAAUUAGAAACUUUCCCAAGAGUUUGUUAUUCGAAGUGAGAGUGUUUAAUUCAUCUUUUUAACGUCGAUUGUUUGCUUAAAGGAAUUUCAUUCGGAAUUUAUUGUCAUAUUUAAAAAUAUUCCCCACUUGUUUUUCAAGUAUAAGACUGGAUUUAAAGACAAAUGACUUAAAAAUUAAAAUUGAUAAAAUAAAAUUAAUAAUAACGAUUCAAAAUUCAGAAUUUGAAUUGUUUAAAAAAAGUGUAAUUUAAAUUGCAUUUUAAUUAAAUGAAAAUUAAAAUAAAAUAAAUACGAAAAAAAAUUUGGAAAUUCAACAAUUUGCACGUGAUCGAAGAAAGACUUCCCCUUCAAUUGAGAACACAUGUAAAUAGGAGCACACAUAAGAGGAUUAUCCACGAUUUGUAUAAUUCGAUUAACUGGAUAACGAACGAAAACAAGCGUCAUUUUACAAUAUUAUAUAUAUAUAUAUAUAUAUAUAUAUAUAUAUCUCUUUCUCUCUCCAAUUUUCCCCCAAAAAAAUCCUCUUUCUCUCUUUCAUUGUAUACAAAAUAAUUAUAUACACUUGUAUAAAUUAUCAUUAAGAUAAAAAUAUAAAUUGUAAAAAAGCAACUUGUAAGAAAAAAGGAAAAAAAAUGUAAUAAUCUAUUCUAAUCAAGAAGACAUAUUUUGCCUAUAUCGAAUCAUAUAUAUAUAUAUAUAUACUGAACGUGUUUUUCUUUCUCAACGAGUAAUAGAUUGUAGAAAAAAAUUUCGCGUUUCAAAGAAUUAAUGAUUCUUUUAUAAAAAUUUUUCUCGUACAAUUCAGAGGAGCAGGUCGGAGCAGUACGGGUAUCCAAAGCUUAGCCUUUUAGCCUCGGUGCGAUAAUUAAUUAGCCCGCGGGCAUCAUUAGCGCGAAACUUGAUUGAGAAACGUAGCGCGACGAAGAGAGUGGAAAGGAAGCGAAAUUGAAGACGGAAAUCUGAGAAGCAUAUAAUAAGAUUGAAAUACGUGUGCAAACAGAAGAAAAAAAAAAUAAAUAUAUUAUAUGUAUAUUCCGCUGGGAAAUCUUGUAUUCGCAUUAAUCUUCCUAUAAUCAUCAAACAAGUGUUUAAUGGUCAAAAAAAGAAUAAUAAUAAAAGAAAAAGAAUAAUAAUAGGAAAAAAAAAUUAAAUAAGAAAACUAGUUUAAGAUUAAUAAAAAAAAAGAAAAGAAAGAGGGACCAAUUUUUCACUCACGUUGUCCUUUUAAAAGAAUUGUGUCCCUUGACCUGAACAAAAAAAAAAAAAGAAAAUUCACAACUGAUCCAAAUAUCUUCCGCUAAAGUCAAGUUGAUUAUCAACAGUUUAUCAACAAGACAAUAGAUUCAUAAUAGGACAAGAGAAAAAAAAACAGAUUCUAAACGAUUAAGGUUCAACUAAGGCAGGUUAUCAAUAGCUUAUUACAUAGAAGAGAUUAGUAGCCCUAAGGCACAAGAACGUAGGAGAAUUCAAAAAAAGGACAAUUCCCAUUUUAAACGGGUUAAUUAGGAUCGAGAAACUUAAUCCGCCAGGAAAACGAUUCUUUCGGAACAAGUUUCCAGAGAGAGAAAGAGAGAGAGAGAGAGGUUAAUAACUUGUUAGAUACCAUCGUUCCCCUUAUGAAAGAAACGCUAUCUCUUUUUUAGAAAAAAAAAAAAAAAAUCUCCUUUCAAUUAAAAAUCUCAUUUAGAAAAAAGGAAUAUUUUCCUCAAUUUUCAAAAAGGGAAAUCUGAUUUAAAAAACGGAAUUUUUAUUUUGAGUUUGAAAUUAGUGAGAAUUGAUUGACAAGAGGAAGGAGUAAUAUUUUUUUUCGGUGGUGAAAAAUAAUUGAGAGAUUUGUUUUUUUUUUCUUGUGGAUUAUGCUCAAGAUAAUGCAACGAUCCUGAAGAAGGGAGGAAUGUCGUCCCUGGCUUCGAGAUGCGAGGACUUUACCAAUUUACUGUUGCUGCUGUUGCUGCUCCUUGUCCUGGAAAUAACACCCAGGAUACGUUCCUGUUGUUUUUUGGAUCCAGCGAGAUAGCACCACCUGCAACAGCUGGGUUCGCAGCAAGUGCAAGUGAUGCCGAACCUUGGCAGCAUUAUGAGCAUAGGUAGUCUAAAAUCGGCGAGCAACAUCGAGGAGGGUAACAUGAACACGUGGAAUGUUGCUCUCGUUACUGGUGGCUCGUCAUCAUCAUCAUCAUCAUCAUCAUUAUCUUCUUCUUCAACAUUGUCAGUGAAAUUAACAUCACCAUCAUCAUCAUCAUCAAGUUCUGUAAUUGGAAUUAUAACAAACGGUGACCAGCAAUCAUCGACAAUAGCUGGUCACCAAAAUCCACAAGAAAUUGUUACUGACAGUGGUGGUGGUGAAGAAGAAGAUAACGUGGCGAAUAUUACCGUUAUAAAAGAUACGAAAAAAUUGUCUUGUGAUUGUGAAAGUGGUUGUGCUGAAACGAAUAAUAGUGACAACGAGAGGACAAUUAUUAAUAGUGACACGGAAAAAAGUGUUGUUGAUUACGAUAAUACGGACAUCGAAAGCAACAUGACUACCGAAAUUGAGGACAAUCUUCUUCUUUUUGGUUUUGAUGAUCCAUUACAGGAUUUUGAUUUAGCUUACAAUUCAUCAUCAUUAUUUAACGAUACACUUUAUUCUUUUAAUAAAAGUCUUGAAAAUAAAACAUACUUUGUUCUUAGUAUGUAUCCAUCUGGUUAUAGUUUGCCAACAAUAGUGUUCGCAGCAAUUGUCGUAACAUUUUUGAUGAUUGUCAUUGUUGUUGGUAAUAUGCUUGUUAUCAUUGCAAUAGCCACUGAGAAGGCAUUGAAAAACAUUCAAAAUUGGUUUAUAGCUAGUCUUGCGGUGGCUGAUUUUUUUCUUGGUCUCAUUAUAAUGCCAUUUUCGCUUGCUAAUGAAAUUAUGGGUUAUUGGAUAUUUGGAUAUUGGUGGUGUGACAUUUAUUCGGCAAUGGAUGUUUUACUUUGUACCGCGAGUAUUAUGAACUUGUGUCUAAUAAGUUUAGACAGGUUUUGGAGCAUCACACAGGCAAUUGAAUAUCUCAAGAAAAGAACUCCAUUUAGAGCUGCACUUAUGAUUGCCCUCGUUUGGUUGUUGUCGGCAUUAAUAUGCAUUCCACCACUUUUGGGUUGGAAGAGGCCCAAUCCUGAGGAGGAAUAUCCCAAAUGCAAGUUAUCCGAAGACAUAGGAUAUGUGCUGUACUCGGCCCUAGGUAGUUUCUACAUCCCCUCGUGCAUUAUGGUCUUUGUCUACAUACGCAUUUAUUUUGCUGCAAAAGCUCGGGCGAGACGUGGAAUCAGGAAGCAGCCACGUCCACGACCUACGAUACAACUCGAGUCACCGGAUAUCCGACAGACGAGUUUCACUCAAAGCACACAAUCAACUGGUACGAGAAAAAUGCCGAGUUCAACCAUGGAGAACGUGGCGACAAUUGAAAAUCAGCCUGUUCAAAUCCCAAUUGUCACCUGUGACUUUGCCAGUGAUGUAAGCACUUCCGAGGCUGAUCCUGGUGGAAGCAUUGCCAUGGAAGAAAAAGAUACCCUUAAGGUAUCAAUGGUAAUGACUGUACAGAAGACGAAUUUUAAAGCGAGCCUUUCGGCGAAUGGCGAAGGUCAAUCAAGUGUUUUAUCAAGGUGUCGGGCACCAAGUGUCGGUAUCGACGUGGACAUGGUUUCUGAAUUUGAUCCAUCAUCAUCAGACAGUGGAGUGGUAUCGAGGUGUGCAGUUGUAAAACCAUUAAAGAUACGACUCUGCCAACCAAUAUUCGGUAAGAAAAUGAUGGGGAAACUAAAACGAGAACACGGUGAUCAUGGACGUCAUCAUGGAAAAGAUAUUUCUUCCAUUGAGGCAAAACCAGUAAAGCCACGUGAUCCAGAACGGGAAAAACGAAGACUGGCAAGGAAAAAGGAGAAGCGAGCUACCUUAAUUCUUGGUCUAAUCAUGGGCAGUUUCAUAGCCUGUUGGUUGCCAUUUUUUUUCCUAUAUAUUGUUAAGCCCCUUUUUCCCAAUUUAGCCAUUCCCGCUGAGGCAUUUGCAAUUGCCUUUUGGCUUGGCUACAUGAAUUCCGCGCUCAAUCCAGUCAUUUACACCGUCUUUAACAAGGACUUCCGAAGAGCCUUUCGAAGGAUACUGUUUAAAUGAGCCUAUUCUGGUGUCAUAUUGACACCUUAAAAACCAUUAUAAAUAAAAAAAAAAAUUCAACAUUUUUUCAUUGGAAUUCUUAUAUAGAAUCUUGACCUUUGAAAUUUUACUCAGUGCUUGCGCAUGCAAAAUUGCAGUGUCAUCUCGUUACUCAUGAAAUGAGUUCUCAAACUCCCGUUAGCAAUAUAUUUUUUUUUUCUAUUUAAUUUUAAUGGACCAAAGAAGACUUUAUCUUCAUCGAGAAUCUCGGAUAAAUAAAAAUAAAUUUCCCAUCAAAUAUCAGAGUGAGCAAAUUCAGAGCUGAUUUCAAUAAUAAUAAUUAAAAAAAAUUUCAAAUUUUCAUUUAAAAUGCAUUAAAAGAUGUUUCAAAAUUAAUAAAAUAAAUUAAAAUAUUUACUGCAUGAAAAAAGAACUAAAAUUUGUUUAUACAUACAAAUAAUAUAUUAAUAUUCCUAUAAUAAAAAUUAAUUUAUAUUCUAAUAUUGAAAUUCAUAAUCUGAGUUUUCUCAUUUCGAGGUAAAAAUUUGUAAAAACCGAGAUUCAGUUUCCUCGCCGAAAAAAAGGGAGUGUUCUAACGAGGUGACGUGUCUUAUAAAGGGAAAAAUGAGAAAGAAAAAACAUAAAAUGCCGUCGAACGGUCUUUUGUGAAAUUUACAAAAUUCACAUAAAGUACCUCCAGAGCAAAAUAUUGUUAUCCGAACGAGUAUUAUAUACAUAUUAAAAUGAAAAGUAUUAGUGUUCUCACACUUUUUACUUGUCAAACAAUAUUUGCAAGCACUCGAGUAAAAAUUUCAAACUAUAAUAAAAUCACACUGAUAUAUACAUAGAUAUAUUAUCAAAAAAACGCAGGUUCGUAAAAAAUAUAGCAUAUAAAUAAGAGCGAAAGACGAAAUCCAGAACAAACAAAAUGCCGAAAGUUUUGAGACUUUUUAAUUCCUAUAGAACAAGUGUCGAGUAUAAUACUCGCAAAUUCCAAAAACAUCGAAAUCGCUAAUAAUGUCCGUGUAAAUAAAUCAUUAAUAAAACUAUAUAGACGACAUCUCUCAGUGUAAGAUACAAAAAAAAAUCUUGUUUAAAUAAUUUUUAAAAUAUAAUAUAUAUAUAUAAUACAUUGUGUAUAGUGCCAUUCAAAAGACGAACGGCUUCUUUGGAAAUCUUGGAAGAAACGAAAUAAUUUGACAAAACAAUAUUUCAAGACCAAUAAUUAUAUGUACAAGAUUUUGAAAAAAAAAAAAAAAAUUCACAUCACUUACAAAAUAUUAAUAGUAAUAUAAAUGGCAUUAAUCCCUGUUGUCAAAAAUUUUCAAUUAGAAUUCUCUUCUAAAAAUUUAGGAGUAGUCUUCCGCGCAUCAAAUGCAUAAAAAUUCAUCGAAAUGAAAAUACAAAAAAAACUGGAGACCAAUCAAAUUGUGAAGCGAUAUAUUAAAUGUAUAGAUUUAAAUAUUUCCUAAUUGUUAGAUUUGUUUUUACAUGAUAUACAUAUAUAAAUAUAUAUUUAUUGUUAGAUUAAAAAAAGAAAACGUCAAUAGUCCAUUUCUAAUGACUUCUAUAAAUUUCCGAAGGAUCCUGAACGUCAAACUGUACAUAAAUGUAAAGAAAUUUCGUCGUAAAAAACAUGCGCCUGCGAGACAUAAUGCAGUAAGGCCCUUUUAAAAGAUGUUUCACUUGAAAUUUAUCUUGUAUACUUAAUUCAGUGCAUAUACAGUGGAAACUCUCUAUAACGAAACUCUUUAUGAGAUAAAACUCUCCUUAACGUAAACAUCUGUUCAAAUUGGUUGGUUUGUAUACACUCUCUUUAACAAAGCAAUCACUCACUAUAACGCAAAUACAAUAUCUCAAAACGAAAAAUUU